AUGUAUCCCUUUGAGGAUACAAAAAUCCAACUCUCCAUUCGCCAGGCUGGCUUCAGGCGGCAAACAUUCAACACUCAACCAGCCAAAGUCCACGACACCAGAGGCCACGAAGACGACUUCACUCUGGAUACACACGGCUUUCAGAUCAUCAAAGACUCCUCUCCCUUCCCAGCCAGCACCUUCGACUCAGAUGACUUCAUCAACACAACCUACGCCGACCACAUCACCGACCUUCUCAAGGACUCUCUCGGCUGCAGCAGAGUCUACAUUCUCGCGACCAAAGUCCGCGAAGUCACUUGGAAGGACGCCAUCACCGCCGACAACGACCUCCCGGAUACCGACAUGUCAGCCGCUCAAAAUGGCCAUAUCCAAUUCCCCCACGUCGACUACUCGUAUGACGGCGCGCCUCUCUUCGUCAAGCGCCUCGCCAGCCAGCCCUUACCGCCAGACGCCCUUAUCUCCAAGACGCUCCCCGAUGAGGAGACCAUGGGCAUAAUCCAAAAACACCGCUGGGCCAUGAUCAACUACUGGCAGCCCAUCCGAAACCCCGUCACGCGCGACGCUCUGGCCGUGUGCGAUGCGCGAACCGUCCCGGAAGACGACCUCUUCGAGGAUCCGCCCGAGGUGAUUGAGAAAGUGAAAUUUUUCGGAACGUGGUAUAUGAAAGCUCCGAAGAACGACGAGCAUAAAUGGUAUUAUUAUAGUGACAUGCGUACGGACGAGGCGUUACUUAUCAAGUGCUUCGAUUCUAAGCUUGAUGGGCGUGCUAGGAGGGCUCCUCAUACUGCCUUCACUGGUAGCAAGGAUCAUGGCCCUGUCCGGUCCAGUGUAGAAAUAAGGACAUUGGUCUGCUGGGAAGAUGAGGAUGUGGAAUGA